UUGAGCAGUGAACGCGCGCAAGCUUUUUUUUUUUGUUGGAAUAGCGGUACCAACAAGUAGACAAUAUACAGUAAAUAAUAUUUAUUAUUCAUGGAAAAUGUUGUGAAAUGAGAGUAAAUACUAGAAUGGAAAUGAAAUACUUCAACAAUUAAAAAAUAAGCAAGAAAAACAAAAACAGCUUCAUUCGAGUGUUAAAACUUUCCGAGAAAAGAAAACAAACAAACAAGUGAAGUGAAGUCGAAAGGAAUAUAACUAAAUACAAAUCACAAAAUCCGUAACCGUAAAACGACGAAAAAAAACACACACACACCGAAAAGAAGAAGAUAAUGAUAAUGAUGAUGAUCAUAAUGAUGAUGAUGAUGAGAAAUCAAGUGUAUCAUGUGAAUAAAAUUGAUGCUUAAAUUAUUUUACGUGGCAGUUUUGCACAAUUUGCCAAAUUGAUUUUGAUUUUUGUUGAUUAUAACAAGAAAUUUUGUGAUUCGAAAAAGAAAGCAGCAUCAGCAGCAACAGCAACAACAAACAGCAACAGCAACAACAACAGCAGUAGCAGCAAAACUUUCAAGGUCAUAUUGAUUGUCAUAUCCAGCCAUAUAGAGUGAGAAGGAGAAUAGCCAAGCAACAUGUCGCUACGAAGUCGGAGGUGCUUGCACCAUAUGCUAAUAAUAUAUGGACUAAUAUUUACCAUGGCUCCCAUUUCGAGUGCAACGACACUUGACUUGCCACCUAUCCCAAAUCUAUGUGACUCGAUUAUUUGUCCACCCGAUGCCGAGUUGCGAUGUCCCGAAGACAGUUCCGUUCGUGAAAUACUUAAACCUGUGGAUCUGUUUAGCUCGAAUGCUGGCGUGCCACUUACCACAGAGUCACUAAUUAUGGAUGAUAUGUCAAAGCCAGUGGAAAGUAAUUGGACGCUCGAACAGGAUGAGUUAUAUGCCCAGUGCUGUCUAUCGAAGAAAUGUAUAUGCAAGACAUGUAUUAUACGCGAUUGUAAGGAUAUACGUGAAGUUGUUGUUGAACUUAUGCCCGAGUCUAUGGAUACUCCGGGUCAAUGUUGUGGCCAACACGAAUGCAAGCGCAAGCCCAAUUGCACCGAAGAAGUGGACACCACUUACUAUUGGCUGGAGGAUUGUGCGCGUUGUCAAUGCACUGGAGGCAAAAGGCUAUGCGAACAGACUUGUGACACAAUCGCUGGGGGGGAGGCUGAGGAGAAACAUGCGUUUUGUCAAUCAAAGCAUGACUUCUACAGGGAUGGUGAAACUUGGAAGGACGGUUGCUACGAGUGCACAUGUGCAAAGGGGCAACAGAAUUGUGUAACAAGCUUUUGUGGCAAUGUCAACUGUCCAGUUGAGCGUCAGGUGGCACUAAAAGAUUUCUGUUGUCCUGUAUGCUGGCCCAAAGGUGCUCCAAUGCCCCAUGAGAUUGGCUAUGGUAAGACAGACCUAAUUACAACUCAGCCGAACACUUUGACUUCAAGUGUUACCAAUGCCGAAUUGGUUGUCUUGCCAUCAUCGUUAUCAACAACUACGACAACCACAACGACAACAACAACAUCUCCUUGCCCAGCCGCAACAUCCUUCUCAAGGGACUUACCCAAUGUCGUUUCGGUGUCAAAAACUGCAUUCAAUGAAGAUAAAGAUUAUAUAUAUAUAAUCAUAAUUGCUUUUCUAAUAGUUAUCGUUAUCUGCUUAUCAUUCUAUAUACGGCAUUUGCAUGUCAAACAGCGUUCCUAUCGGCCGGUUUCCAAUUUCGAAGAUAAGGUCUAAACUAAACACAAAAAAACUAAACUAAACCGCAAAAAAGAAAAAAAAAAUAAACUUUGUAACUACUUAACACUGGUAACUUCUACAACAUACUAACAAGGGGUUUGGUUGAAGCAAACAAUUCUCGCUUUAAGUGCAGCCCUCGAUUUGUUAAUUUUUUUUUUUUCUUAAUUUAAAUUUUGUGUAUAUCUA